UUAAGCGUCGUACACCGCUAAUCUUGCGUGUACCAGGAAGUGAAGACGUGGACCGAUACUUUCAAGUAUAAUUUGUGAUUUUUUUGACAGAUUUAAAUUGUUUUGAGAUUUAUAAUUUUAUAUAAACAUGACUGCCAAAGAAGUGCAUUAUAUUUCUAAAGAUCAGUUUGUAAAAAUUCGAGUUGAUUUUGUAAAAUCCAUGGAUGAUAUUGAUUCAUUUAUCGACGAAGCUAUGGCCAAUGGUUUAUUGGUUGACGGACAUCGACAGGGAAUAAUGGCUCUAAGAAAUACUUUCGAUCAAGUACGACAGUUGCAUGAUUAUAUAUUAAGGAAACUACCGGAUGGGUCCGAUAAAUUUGUGUCGGCCUUGAGAAAGUCAGGUCAUCAUCAAAUACUUGCGCUAUUAGACGAUCCGUCAUUCUACCCGAUGAAGUUUAAACCACAUGGGCGUGUUAUAAUAAUAAAUAAUAUAGAUUUUGACGAUAAGAAAUACGAAAAAAGGAGCGGAAGCGAAAAAGAUGUGGAGGGUAUUAAAAAUCUUUUCACUGCUUUCAAUUUCGAUGUUGAUCUUUAUUCUAAUAAAACGGCCAAGGAAAUGGAAGAUAUAAUUCUAAAAAGAGCUGCAGAAAGUACAGCCACUGAAGAUUGUUUCGUUAUGUUCUUGAUGUCACAUGGGGUUGUAGGGAAUAUUAUCGGAACUGAUGGUAACGAAUUAUCUUAUAUUACUAUUAAUAACGCCCUAAAGGAGAGUUCUCACCUGAAAGACAAACCAAAACUCAUUUAUAUAAACACUUGUCAAAUUAAUUCUAAUAAGAAAAAUGUCAGGGAAUAUUUCAACGUACCCGAUCUGUAUGUCGCUUUUGCCACUGUUCCGGAAAACCUAGCCUUCCGAACUGAUGAAAGCGGUUCUGUUUUCAUCAAAAGUUUACUCACUGUUUAUGAAAGGAACAAAGAGGAGUGUAACGUCUUCUCAUUAUCACCUGAAAUAAAUUCACAAAUUUCCAAGGAAUUUGAUCAGAUUUCAAGUAGUUAUUCCACUUUGAAGAAAAAGGUGAUACUUCGAGCCACAGAUUAACCAAAUCCCAUCCUUAUUCUCUCAUCUUGCUUCCUAUAAACACGAAGAACUUAAACAACAAUGUUAUGUAUGUUAAAUGUCCCCAAAUCCGCCCCCGUCCACUAUAUUGUGUGCUUAUUUUGGAUUUCACAAACUAAAUUCUUACCCUGCGUCAUCUAACAAAGUAUUUCUAACUUUGGCACAAAGUCAACAGUUUUAAGAGAGGUGCUUGUUAGACACUGUUCUCUGCAGAACUUUAUUUUAUUUUAUUGAGCUGAUAUGCAUGACUCGAACCAAGUUUACUAAAUUUUUCACCUGUUUUUAAUCCAUAAAGCGCUGGAAUUUGCACUUACAUAACAUGGACUGCUGAGCACAUUUUAUGAAAACGAGACUACCAUGCACACAUAAAAAAACAAAAAAAAUAGUUAAAAUAUCUUUUUAGUAUAUAAUAGUGGCAAGUUUUACAUCAUCUGAAAAGUCAUUAGUUGAACUAUUAGACCACUUGCAUUCUGAGGGAUAUCUGAGUGUUUGAGUGACAUUAGUCCCCAACAAACGCCCAUAGAUUAAAUGCAUCUAUCUGGGCCACAAUUGUGGCCUGUCGACCUGUGCCUGAUGUCCACGAUUGUGGCCCAUCGUGCUUUUAGUGUUAAGGUAACCAACAAAUCUGCUGCUCCUGGGAUCAAAUAUGUUUCACAAAGUACAGACCAUUUAUGGAUCUUUUAUAGACUCCACAUAGUCUGACACUACCAAAAUGUCUUGGGAGUGGGGGGCAGAAACAAUGAGGGAAGCCCAACAAGAUUAAGUUUGACUCUCCAUUUAAUCCUGUUCCUUUUGAAUUUAGUCCAUAACUGAAUAAGGCACAGAAUGAUCUUGUGGUGAUGUCUUAACAACAGAUAACUUUGUCUUAAAAUCCUUUAAACAGCUCAACUUAUCACUAAACUCUGACCAAAACUCAGCCAGAAGCUCCUCCAAUUUCAACAGAAUUCCUUUCCCCAAUCAAAAGAAAUACGGUUCUCCAAUUUAAAUUGAUUUUCUUCAUCCAAUUUCUCUCCCACAACACCUGAACAUUGCUUGCACCACCAAUAAUGGUAACUGGAUCUCACUUCCUUUGUCCAACAAUACAUUAACGUUGGACACAUGGCUUCACCAACUCUCUGGUAUACGUAUUCAAUCUUACCAAUGUCUCUUGCGAAUCCUCUAAUUCUUCCAGUUUCUUAAAAUUCUUCACUGAGUCUGAAGCCCCUCCAUCACCAGAUUCCAAUCAUUCUGCAAUACUUCCACCUCACCCAACAACCAUUCCCCUUCUUUUCUAUCUUAUUCAAUGCAAUUUGUCUCUUGUCCUGUCCUUUCUUGUCAAAUUACCGACAUUUUCAAUGGGUACAUCCAAUAUUCUUGCACACACACACACACAUGGGUAUAUCCGAUAUUCUUGCAAACAAAACAUUCUUUUAGUUUCGAAGGAAUACACUUGAGCAAGAUGGUUGCAAUUUCCACAAUGGUAACAUUCACGUUUCUCUGUCAGUUUAUGAAAAGAGUUUUCAGAUUCCCCUUCAGGUAGGCCUUGCAUGUUCUGAAUGUCCCUGGAAAAGACUGAACUCAAUUCAACUGCAACCAAUAUUUUAAAAGCACACUCUUACGUCACUGUCCUUUUGCUGGAAGAUGUGAAUUUAGAUCACUUUAAUACUUUUGUUACCAUAUUUCUUCCGAAAUAUACUGGUUUUAUUUAAAUCAACUCUGAAAAUAAUGAAGAAUUAAGUAAAACAGCUGUCGUCAGGAACACAAACGAACAUGAAACAUUAAUGGAAAUUUUUAACUGACAUCUUUACAAAAGGGAAUCUCUGAUGGAACCCGGGUUGAACUCAGUCAAGCAUCCUUGCCACAUUCAGCUAAUUUUCAAGAAAAUUACUGGUGGGGCAGGAUAUCCCUUUUAAUCUUUGCCUUCCUUUUCCUGAAGAGGAAAGUGUAUGCUUUCAGUCAUUUUACUCCUGUCCCAUUAUUAUUAUUGUUGUUGUUGCUGCUGCAGAUGCGGAUGCCCCCAGGUGAGAAGGGGGAUGGUCCACUACUAAUAGUGGACUGACACAGUCAAUAAUGUCAGUCAGUGAGGUACGCUGUUCGGGCCAGUCCUGCACAGACGACAAAAUACAUCAUCAUAAUGUAGGACAUAACAAUUAUUAUUAAGGUGGCGAGCUAGCAGAAGUGUUAGCAUGCCAGGUGAAAUACCUAGGGAUAUUUUUAUCUGCUGCUAUGUUCUGAGUUCAAAUUCUGCCGAGGUCAGCUUUGCCUUUCAUCCUUUCAGGGUUCAUAAAUUAAGUACCAGUUAUGCACUGGGGUCGAUGUGAUCAACAAGUCCCCUCCCCCACUAAAAUUUCAGGCUUUGUGCGUAUAGUAGAAAGGAUUAUUAUUAUUUAAUGGUUGCACAAAUGUGAAAACCCUUUGUACCAUCUUAUAUUACUUUUUAUGUAUAAUUUGUAUUAGCCCUUGUUGCUAAUAAACAGAUAAAUUAUUAUUAUUAUUAUUAUAAAGGUGGCUGGCUGGCAGACUUGUUAGCAUGUCAGGCGAAAUGUUUAGUGGCAUUGCGUCCGUCUUGAGGUUGCCUUUCAUCCUUUCAGGGUUGAUGUAAUCGACAGCCCCUGUCCCCUAAAUUUUAGGCCCUGUGCCUAUUCUAGAAAGGAUUAUUAUUAUAAAGGCAGCAAGCUGGAAGAAUUGUUACCAUGUUGGGAAAAAUGCUUAGCGGUAUUUCUUUCGACUUUAAGUUCUAAUGCUGCCAGGGUUGGAUUUUCCAUUCAUCCUUUCGGGGUCGAUAAAAUAAGUACCAGUUGAAUACUGGAGUUGAUGUAAUUGGCUAUCCCUCUUCCCACAAAUUUCAGGUCUUCUGUCUAUAGUAGAAAGGAUUGUCAUUGUUAUUAAGGGUAAACCUUGCCAAAACUGACCUCACCUGUGCUUGUGCCAUGUAAAAAGCACUCAGUCCACUUUGCUGAGUUUUUGGUGUUAGGAAGGGCAUCCACCUGUAAAAACCUUGCCAAAACAGUCACAGACGUCUGGUGCAGGCUUCAACCUGGCCAGCUCUUGUGAAACCAUCCCACCCAUGCUAGCAUAGAAGGCAGACAUUAAACGAUGAUGAUGAGCUGACAGAACUGUUAGCAUCCCAGGCCAAAUGCUUAGCGGCGUUUCAUCUACCUUCACAUUCUGAGUCCAAAUUCCGCCAAUAUCGCCUUUGCCUUCCAUCCUUUCAGGGUUGAUAAAUUAAGUACCAAAUUUCAGGCCAUGUGCUUAUAUUACAUCAUCAUCGUCGUCGUUUAACGUCUGUUUUCCAUGCUGGCAUGGGUUGGAUGGUUUGGCUGAGGUCUGGAGAGCGAGCGGCUGCACCGGGCUCCAAUCUGAUCUGGCAAGGUUUCUACAGCUGGAUGCCCUUCCUAAUGCCACCCACUCCGAGAGUGUAGUGGGUGCUUUUUACAUGCCACCAGCACAGGAGCCAGUCAGGGGGCCCUGGCAUUGGUCAUGAUCAGUUGGUGCUUAUUACGUGCCACCGGCAAGAGAGUCAGUCAUUAUUACUAUUAAGGUGGCACCCCUGCAGAAUCAUUGGCUUGUUGGAGAAAAUGCUUAGUGCCAUUAUGUUCUGAUAGUAAAUCCUGUGGAAGACAAUUCUGCCUCCCAUCUUUUCUGGGUUGAUGAAAUAGGUACCAUUUGAGAGCUGGGGUCAGUGUAAAUGGCUUUCCUCUUCUUGCCCCUUUCCACAUCCCUACAUGUUAGACCCUGUGCUUAUAAUAAAAACACUGUUAAAUUACUGAAGACGAUUGUAUCAUUUUAAUUAUUUUCUUGUCAUUAUAAAAAGACAAAAUACACUGCCAACUUUGAGUGAGACUAUCUCAUACAACUGAUAAUGGUGAGCUUUCUAAAUAAGUACAUAAACUGGCUGACAAAUGUUCAAAGAGAUUGCUGGUUUCUAAUAUAAUUUAUUUAUGGCAUUCAUAUCUCUGAUUUACUUCUUACUAUCUGCUGGAAUCAUUUCCUUUCACCUUCAAGAUUUUCACAUAAAAAUAUAAUAAAGUUUUACAAUAAUA